AUGGCUGAUCUUUUCUGGAGGCAAGAACCACAAGCUGACAUGUCGCUGACUCCUGAAAAGCCAUCAGAGUUUGCCAGUCAACCAUCGUCAAAUUCGGAAAUUCUACUUCGCUUCAAGGAGCCACUGGCUGCGCUGCCGCGAGACGAAUUCGUUCAAGACUUUGAUCCCGACCAGGAAUUCGACUUUUUAUCGUCAAAACAUACAAAAACAAAAGGUAUCACAUUUAUUUCCGACUCAGAAAGUGCCACAAAUUCCAAUCAAUCGCCGUUUGUAGAACGAGCUCGAUCUAUACAUAAUGGAGUCAAAUUUGACACGGAACCGUACGCCAAAGAGCUCGGAUCUUCUUCACAAAAUACCAGGACCACCCGCUCAAAACAUCAAAGCAAGCAAAACUCAACAUCUUCGACAGAUUCAAGGCAUGAAAAAUCCACAAACAGAAGAUCACUUAGUGGGCUCGAUUUGAAUUCUAACCUGUCACUGAAACACUCCACCCAUCCUCCUGUAGAUUUACCAAAGAGACGACCCGCCAACCUCAGUACUCCUGUGACGAAACCACGACUAGCUCUGGUCAAAGUUUCAUUGACACCAGCUCAAAAAGUCCAGAGAAAUAACCAGGUGAAACUGAAAAAUGCUCUCGAGGACUACGAGUUUUCGUCUUUGGUUGGAAGAGGAGCAUUUGCAAACGUGUACAAGGGUACGAACUUGAAAACCAAUCAAGUUGUUGCAAUCAAGCAAAUCAUCUUGGAAAGAGACCAAGAUGUAGGAGACCUCAUGAACGAAAUUGAUCUCUUGAAAAUCUUAAGGCAUCCACACAUCGUCAAGUACCAUGGAUUUGUCAAGACUUCGGCCACUUUGAAUGUCUUUCUUGAAUAUUGCGCAGGAGGCUCCCUUCGUCAACUAUACAAACGACUUGGCCAUGGGCUUCCGGAGAACAGGCUUUCGUCUUAUGUCAAAAUGAUCUUGCUUGGCUUGGAGUAUUUGCAUGAGCAAGGUGUGGUACACCGUGAUGUCAAAGCUGCCAAUGUGCUCCUAUCAGAAGGAGGCAUAAUAAAGCUUGCGGAUUUCGGUGUUGCUUCAAAAGUAUCAUCUCAACACCAAACCGUAGUUGGAACUCCCAAUUGGAUGGCACCAGAGACAAUUUUAGGAGGAGACGGCCUAUGCACUGUAUCAGAUAUUUGGUCUCUUGGAGCCACCAUAAUUGAGCUCUUCACCACAAACCCACCGUAUCAUGAUUUGAAUCCUAUGGCUACCCUUCAUGCCAUCGGAACUGAUGAUCAUCCCCCUUUACCAAAAGGACUAACACCCCUGGCUCGUGAUUUCUUAUUGGAAUGUUUCCAGAAGCAGCCUGGAUUACGUAUUUCAGCACUGUUGCUCUUGAAGCAUAAAUGGAUUACAGGCACUAGAGAAAGAAAGUCUCAAACCGAUUUGAAAUCGAAAAGGCAGAUCAAUGAUAAUGAUCUGAACCAAUUGGUAGACAUGUCUCAGCCAACCACCUCUAAUGUGUACUCUCAAGGAAAAGCAAUAGGAGAUUUCAAGGAAACGAAAGUUGAGGAAAACUGGAAUAGUGACUUUGAUGGCCCCAUAUCCAAUCUUCACAGUAAGGUCUCCAUACAUGCGAUCUCCAAGGAAGUGCUUCUACAUAAGUUUUCCGAUUCCAAAGAUGACAUGGAAUUUGGAACCCAGAACUUUAAAGGCAUCCUUCAAAGAAAAGAUACAACAAUCGAUAAUCUUGAUGAUAGUGAUCCUUUCCUAGAAAUUGACAUCGAUGAUUUCGAUACCAAAGAAAUUGAGAUUCAAACAAAGAUGGAAUAUUUGAUGUCCAAGCUCUCCUCCAGAGUCGAAAAUUUGAGUAUGGGCGAGGAAUUAGCACCGUCUUUACUCAAGAUCACUGGCCGUAUGCUUCAUAUGGUGAAAAAAUACGAAUCUCUGCAUCUGGUCUUGAUUCGAGAGCACGGCAUCCUCACUCUCUUAGAGCUCUUGGAUAGCUUCGAAAUGAUAAAGGGCGAACAGCGAUUGUGGUAUCACACAUUAUCGGUCUUAAACAUCAUAUUCCAAAGAAGCAUUGCCCAACUCGAAAACUUUUGUCUUUUAGGAGGCAUUCCAUUGGUAGCUCAAUUUCGGAGCUCUUCCUUUGAAUCGGCUGUACGUCUUCAGGUGAUUAAAUUUGUGAAGCUACUUGAGAAAUCAGACAAGGCUCUUUCCAUGUUUGUCUCUUGUGGAGGGUUGAGGGUGCUUGCAAAAUUUGUACAAGAAGACCUCGAGAGUGCUCCAGAGUAUUCAUUGGUUUCGAUUGACUGCAUCUACAAAAUAAUGACCAACGACUUAUCUAGGUCCAAAUCAGACCUUUGUCGGAUGCUUUCGAAAUACGGCAUAGUAUUUUGGUUUGUUGUCUUGUUGAAUGGGUUGACUAAUGGGCAUAAAACGAUUGAAUCAAAAGAAGUCUCAGAGUCCAUAUCUAAGAUUAUGGAGAUUAUCAAGUUCUUUGGUCAAUCGGAAGCAAAGGUUAGAGCUGCAAUUUCUAGCUCGGAGCUCUUCAAGCUAGUGAUGAAAGUCUACUCUAAGUUGGAUUUUUCCCAUAGAUUGACCAUUCUCAAGUUCUUAAAGUCUAUCUCUAGCGUUUCUGGAAAUCUAAGACUGCUUCAAAAUGCUGAUAUUUUGGAGUUUUUGGUCGGGUUAAUGAAGCAGUACACACCAACAGAGCCUCACUAUCGAGAAGUUAUCAACAUUGUGAGUCCAUUGUUGUACAAUUGCUGCUAUUUGAACGGUACUCAAGAAACAGAGUUGGUUCGACUUGGUGCAGUUCCCUUGCUCAAAGCACUUUCAGUUAUCAACCUUCCAUUUCGCCAAUUCAUUCUCCCCAUACUCUGUGAAUUGGUGCACUGCAAUGACUACGUUCGCCAGGUUUUGAGAAAGAACGACGUAUUCAAAGUCUACUUGAACCUUGUACUUGAUCCGUAUUGGCAGUCAGCAGCUUUGGAGGCCUUGAGUUUGUGGGGUCAAUAUAACCCGGAGCACAUGCAACUAACGUCUCCACACACAGUCAAUUGCUUUAUUGGGGGAUUUUCUGUUAAUCAAGUGCCCAAUUUUGAGUCUUCGUUGGAUUCGUAUUUGAAGCUCAUGGUUUCUAGUGAUCAGUUGCAGGACCAAAUGGUCACUUCCGACUUCAUUGAUAGUAUACUGGCAAAGCUUUCCAAGCAUUCCAAGUCUCCGGUGAUACAGCUUGGAAUCCUACGUAUUUUGAAGCUAUUAGCUUUCAGAAUCUACAACCAUGGACUUUCUAACAAGCUCGUGGAUCAGUUGGAAACACUCAAUCUUGGCAAAACGUCGGUGCUUGUAUCGGAGUUGGCUCGAGAAAUACUACAAUUGUGGAGCCAAACAUAG